AGUCGCCCAGUGGAAGCGGCCUCGAGUGACGGGGCCGGGAGCAGGGUCGGGGUUUCGCUCGCUCGCCGCACUCCUUCCUUUUCACCCCCUCCUGUGUCAGUGCGGGGGGUGGAGGCCUUCACCUGACGGUCCCGGUCCCCUCACACGAUAUGUUGGGGUACUGAGUCCCUUCCUUUACCCUCCCUCCCUAAUCCCCCCCCCCCCCCCCCCCCCCACACCCGCUGUCCACCCCUUUCCCUCCCUCCAUUUUGUGGCUGUUCGGCCCCUCAUGCUGCUGCUGCCGCCACCUCCACCUUGCUUCCCCAGUUAGGAUGUCGGAGCCGCCAGCUGGGCCUAGCGUGCUCUCCCCACCCCCCGCUGAAAUCUUGGCCUAUCCCGCCGGCCAGCAACCAGAGGCCGAACCGGGGCCAGGGCAGGAAAGCGUCGACCGAGACGGCCCAAAGUCGAUGUUAACCUUCCCGGAGAGCAGCCGGCCGAAGAAGGGAGUCCUCCAUCACCUCCACCACCUCCAUCAUAACCACCAGCAGCGGGUGCUGAACGGCUGUCUGAUCCUCAACCCCGAUCUCCACCAGCAAGCGGAUCGCAGUGGCCGCCUGUCCGCUGCCGAAGCCGCCUCGGGACUGUCACCGCCCCAAGCCGGCAGAAGGAAAGCCGACGCCAGCAACUGCGAGGUCAACCAUGCCAACCAAAGGACUGCCGAGGCCGACACUCCAACGCCCAGGGAUGAACUGGAUGGGGUUGGCGAGGAUCAGUCGCGUCUGGCCGCCUCGGUAGCCGCUUGUAGUUUGCAAGAGCCCGAAAGGAUACGUUAUGUUGGCUAUGAGUCAGAGUUGCAAAUGCCAGAUAUCAUGAGAUUGAUCACGAAGGAUUUGUCUGAACCUUAUUCCAUAUAUACCUAUAGAUAUUUUAUUCACAACUGGCCACAGCUGUGUUUUUUGGCUAUGGUUGGAAGUGAGUGUGUGGGUGCCAUUGUCUGCAAGUUAGACAUGCACAAGAAGAUGUUCAGGAGAGGAUACAUAGCUAUGUUAGCAGUGGAUUCCAAAUACAGAAGAAAAUGCAUUGGCACAAAUCUAGUGAAGAAAGCAAUUUACGCCAUGGUAGAAGGUGACUGUGAUGAGGUUGUUCUGGAAACUGAGAUUACAAACAAAUCUGCUCUAAAACUCUAUGAAAAUCUUGGAUUUGUGAGAGACAAAAGGCUGUUCAGAUAUUACUUAAAUGGAGUUGAUGCAUUGCGUCUUAAACUGUGGCUACGUUAAAGAACUAAAAAGAACAAGUUCAAAAUGAGUCCUUUUCGCAUGCACUGCAAUUUUUAUGAAUUGCUUUGCAAGAGGGCCCUUGAUUUCAAUGCAGCUCUUACCUGUCUGUGUCUCCAUUGAGUGUCACAUACAUUUGUUGCACUAUGGCAUGGCGCAAUUGUGCUAAAUAAAAAAGGAUUUUUUUUCCCUCUCAAAAUUGUCAAAAUAUUCAUGGAUGAAUUGUAAUACCAGAGAGAUGGAACAGUUGUUCUGAGAUGCAUCAUUUUGGUGAAUGUGAGAUAAGAGGCAAAACAGCAUCUCAAAUGACCUAUUGAUGGAAAAUGUUUUGUGGCAUCCAGAGAGCUUGUGUGUGGAUGUUUCGCCAUGGAUUUAUACCAACAUUUCAUACAGAAAUUUGCCAGAUUAAAUAUUGAACUCCUCAAAGGGUGUUAAUUCUGUUUUUCAGAUUUUAUUUUUCAUAUAAAAUUUUCCAUUUAAUGAUUCUUGGUACCUCAGUGAUCACUGAAUGACGAAAACACAUUAUUAGGAGUCGUGUGUACGUGUGUGAGCAUAACAACAAAAUAACUUUGCGUCUGCCAGUGCCUGUUUAGAUGUGCAUUUAAUUCUCAUUUCCAGUUUGAGUGCAUGCUUUUUUCCCCAAAAAACUCUUGCAGCAAAGCUUUUGAUUUUAUUUGAACAAUGGUUUUGUUGGUGAUUGACUCUGCUUUUUCCAUGAUUAGGUUAUUCAGCUUCCCCUCAACAAAAAAUAAAGAAAUCCCAUUGUUGCUUAGGGAGCUACCUGGUAAUUAUUUUAUGUGAAAGGAGAUAUCUUUUAUUUUGACGAAACGUUCAGUAGUUGCUAUACCUUAAAGACGACUCCUUCACCACUAUUUUUUGCUAAUUCUGUAUAAUGCACUUUUCUUGGUUUAAAUAGAUUUUUUAAAAAGUAACAUUUUAUUGUCUGAACAAUUUUAACCAAGAAUCAAUUCAGAAUCUUGGUAGCAAUGAAAGAGUGGAUUAUUAAUUGAUUGGGACACUUUUUAUCAUCCACAUUAGUAUGCAAGCAGGUCACCUCUCCCUACAAACCACCUACAUAACCUGGACACUUCUAAAAGUCGAUAACAAAAUUUGAAUUGCAUACUACCAAAUUUAUGUUCAAAAUCUCUCUCUGCUUUCCUAAAGGAGCUAAUAACUAUUUUCACUUGAGUAUAACGAGCUACUUGGUACUUUACUGUUUUAUGUGUUUCAAAAUAAAAAACACAACCUGCCUUAUGUUUUUGGAAGGGUAGAUGGCCACUGAACAACAGAUUUGCCACAUUCAUCGGUUUACAAAUACAAAACAUCAGAUGGAAUUUGGAGCAGAGCACACUUUACAGAACGGGUCUUUGGACUUGCAUAAACCAACUUGAUUUUCAUUGCCACACAGUUUUAUUGGAGUUAAGGAUAGUAUACAAGAUUGGGCAACUGUUCAAUAUCAAUGAUUUAAUUCUGUGUUGAAUUAUUGAACUUCUGUUUCAGUCAGUAAUUGUUACUGAAUUUCACUGGUAUCCCUGCUACUUCUCUCCAAAGGGCAGGGCUAAAUCUACAGACGGGGAUAAAUGGAAAUUGCAAUGUUUGUAAGAUAACUCUGUAAGAUGCAGUAAAUAAAGUGAAAAGUGGUUUUAUGAGUCUGAAAA